AUUUACCUUAACAUCGGGUCUGACAACCGUGUCGCUUACGACGCAUUCUAAUCAUUAACCAUGUCAACUUCAAAAAGUUCCAAGGUGCGAAUACGGAAUUUCAUCGGGCGAAUCUUCUCUCCCAGCGAUAAAGACAAGGAUCGAGACGAUGAGAUGAAGCCAUCCUCGUCCGCAAUGGAUAUUAGUCAGCCAUAUAACACAGUGCAUCGAGUCCACGUUGGAUACGACGGCCAGAAGUUCAGCGGACUGCCGCAACCAUGGAUGGAUAUUCUUCUCCGAGACAUUAGCUAUUUCAGUCUUGCCGAUCAGAAGAAGGAUCCGAACGCGGUGGUGACUGCGUUGAAGUUCUACGCACAAUCAAUGAAGGAGAACGAGAAGACGAAAUUCAUGACGACGAAUAGUGUUUUCACGAAUAGCGAUGACGAUGAUGUGGACGUUCAGUUGACCGGACAAGUCACGGAACAUUUGAGGAAUUUGCAGUGUAGUAAUGGUUCCGCAACUUCCCCAUCUACAUCAGUGUCAGCUUCAUCUUCUUCUGCUCGUCCACUGACAAAUGGAAAUAAUCAUCUUUCCACGGCGUCGUCUACCGACACAUCUCUCUCAUUAUCGGAAAGGAAUAACGUUCCGUCUCCAGCUCCAGUUCCAUAUAGUGAAAGUGCUCCACAACUGAAAACAUUCACCGGAGAGACUCCAAAACUGCAUCCACGAUCUCCGUUCCCGCCUCAACCGCCAGUUCUUCCGCAACGAAGCAAAACCGCAUCGGCAGUGGCGACGACGACGACGAAUCCGACGACUUCGAAUGGAGCACCACCACCAGUUCCUGGAUCGAAAGGACCCCCGGUGCCACCGAAACCAUCGCAUCUGAAAAUCGCAUCGUCGACAGUAUCCUCGGGAUGCUCGUCUCCACAACAGUAUUCGUCUGCUCGAUCCGUUGGUAACUCGCUCUCCAACGGCAGUGUUGUCUCCACAACAUCGUCAGAUGGUGAUGUGCAAUUGUCGAAUAAGGAAAAUUCGAAUGACAAAUCAGUUGGAGACAAGAAUGGGAACACCACCACAAACAAAACGACCGUCGAACCACCUCCACCAGAAGAGCCACCUGUUCGUGUUCGAGCAUCUCAUCGUGAAAAGCUUUCUGAUUCCGAAGUGCUCAAUCAACUCCGCGAGAUUGUUAAUCCAAGUAAUCCACUUGGAAAGUACGAGAUGAAGAAGCAAAUCGGUGUUGGAGCAUCCGGAACUGUAUUCGUUGCUAAUGUGGCCGGCAGCACUGAUGUGGUGGCUGUGAAGAGAAUGGCUUUCAAGACUCAGCCGAAGAAGGAGAUGUUGCUCACCGAGAUUAAGGUUAUGAAGCAGUAUCGACACCCGAACCUCGUCAACUACAUUGAAUCGUAUCUGGUUGAUGCUGAUGAUCUUUGGGUAGUGAUGGAUUAUCUGGAAGGUGGAAACUUGACAGAUGUCGUUGUGAAGACUGAGUUGGACGAAGGACAAAUUGCAGCAGUUUUGCAAGAAUGUCUUAAAGCGCUUCACUUCCUUCAUAGACACUCCAUAGUGCACCGAGAUAUCAAGAGUGACAACGUGCUGCUCGGCAUGAACGGAGAGGUUAAGCUCACCGAUAUGGGAUUCUGUGCUCAGAUUCAGCCGGGAUCGAAAAGAGAUACUGUCGUCGGAACUCCAUAUUGGAUGUCGCCGGAGAUAUUGAACAAGAAGCAGUACAACUAUAAGGUUGACAUUUGGUCGCUGGGAAUUAUGGCUCUAGAGAUGAUUGAUGGAGAGCCACCAUAUUUGAGAGAAACACCUUUGAAGGCUAUCUACUUGAUUGCUCAAAACGGGAAGCCAGAGAUCAAGCAACGCGACAGACUGUCUUCAGAGUUCAACAAUUUCCUUGACAAGUGUCUUGUUGUUGAUCCGGAUCAGAGAGCCGAUACAACGGAGCUCUUGGCACAUCCAUUCCUGAAAAAGGCGAAGCCACUCUCAAGCCUGAUUCCAUACAUCAGAGCCGUCCGAGAAAAGUAGAUUGCCAAAAAUUCGACCUCAUUCCAUCGAUAUAUAUGUAUAUUUGCCACAACAAACACAAAUCGUUCGGCGUCUCUUCAUCUCUCGCUCAUCCCACCCGUCUCUUACCCAGUGAAUUAUUUGAUAGUUUUAUAAAUAAAAAAAGUGCUGCUCCUCCAUCAAAAAGAGCCGACGAAGAGUUGCUCUCUCGUCUCUCUUUUUGAUUAAAAAAUUUUGUCCCCCAUUUCGUCUCGUGUUGAUGACAUACGUGUUUUUGCUCUAUCAGUUUCAGAAAAAAAUUAAUCGCUUUUCUUAUAUUAAUCCCCCCAGAAUGCCCCAUUUCGCUUUGAUCUACAAAAAAUGCGGGAUUAUUUUUCCAGAAAAAUCGCCUCAACUCCCGCAUUUUUUGUAGAUCAAACACCGAAGUUAGACAUUUUGACCCCGCCUACCCAUCACAAUUUUCUCGCCGCCCCAUUCCCCUUUCAUUGAAUACCAUUUUCAUCGUUUAAUCAACCACUCCUCUCCCAUCAUCAUCAUUUCCAGCCAAUAUUUGGUAGUUUUAUUGACAUUUCGCCACGUACUUAUAUUCUUUCCCCCAUUGGAUGUACUAAUUAAUGGAAUUUGGAAGUAUCACUGUCGGAGUUGAGAUCUUCAUCCAAUUUCCAGAAAUAUUUUGGUUCAGCGGCGGCAACACAGCGUUUUAUAUGUUUUACCAUACACAAGCCCUUAUAUCUUGCUCCUCGUUUUUUUUGUAGUUUUUUUCUCUCUAAAAAUCUCUCCCAUUCACACUAUUUUAUUGUAUGCAAAAAAAAACCUUCCUGUGAAUUAAGCGCGAAAACUGUGGCGAAAACAUUAUUAUUAUUUUUAUCACCUAUUGUCAUUUUUGUUUUGUUUCUCCCCUUCUCUCCAUCCCCCAACAACUACCUGCCAGCAUCGUACUUUUUUGCUAGAAGAUUCUUGUUGCAUUUCACAUAAAAUAUACAGAAACAUGAGCAAUGUUAAUAUAUGCCCCGUUCCAACAAGCCCCCAAAUCUAUAAACUGUAGAAUUGAACCAUUUAAA